AUGUCGGCAGGUGGGUGGAGUGGGCGACGGGAGGGUGGGCCAUGGGUUGAAGUUGGGGAGGGACGCGUCCACGAUAUUGGAGGAGCGUGCCAAGCCUCUCAGCCAACAAACAUCCCUUCUUCACCCGCAAGCUUAUUACCUCCUGUAGACUAUUCUUCUGGUCUUCGGAAUAUAUGGAUAUUCCUCAAUGGCCUCAUUUUACCCUCUCGAGCUAAUAGCCAGAGAGCAGAAGGGGGUUGGGCUCGGCCGGAGCCGCUGCAACGGCCUGCAACGGCCUGCAACGAUCUUGCCACAUCUUCUCAUUCUCCUAGACCAUGUCUAGGGAGUCUUAAGACUGAUCUACUACCGCCCGUUGCUCUCUGGGCGAGCAAACACCUCUCUUAUCCCACCAACAUGCUCCGCUACCUUCUUAGACACCCUAGACCUACACCUGAGUCUCAUGGGCGGAUAUGCACCUCUCGCAAGCCCCACAAACAAUUGGAGCUGUGGGGCAUAUAUCUAGCUGAGAUAGAGGCUCUGGGCAUGGCAGAUUGGGUUGUCCAGCUUUCCAGACCGUUGCACAGCCCAGAGAACGAACCAGCGCCUGCGAGCAGGAACCCAGGGUCGCCUAUGAAAGCCUUUUCCCCGAAACGAAGGAAGCAUAUAAUCACAAGUCUGGUAAUGGGAGAAUACUUGUAUUUGAGACGGAGCACACUACAACACCGGCGGAGAUUUCAAACAUGGGGUAAGCCAGGGUGCAAGCACCGGCUAGGGUGGAAACGCCCUUCACUCGAUAGCAUGGAAGGCAUAUAG